UAAAUACGCUCUGGACCAAAACAUCGAAUAUUUUGUUAAAAGGAUUCAUCACUUGAAUUCGUGUGUAAAUAUUGGUUACCUCCCUUCUGUUGUUUCCGGAAGUGACGUCUGUGGAGAAAAUGGCUGAAGAAUGAGUAAAAGGGAACUAGAUGUCAAGAUCUUGUGACGAUUUCGCAAUGGUUUCAUUGGAGAUAAACUGAUGUGUCACAAAAGAAAUGGCUUACCCAUACAACAGAAGUCAUUCUAGAAGUUCUAGCACAGGUCUAGCGUCCAGCAAUUCCUGUCUAGAUGGAGUGCCUUUCAAAGUGGGACUCAAAUUCAAACCACCACCAAGGGUUUUCCUACCACCUGAGUUCAAGGAUACAGCCAGUGCCUCCCGAGUUGUGAAUGAUGAAUACCUGUUUGAGACAGAAGAGGCUGUGUUGCGGUGGGCACAAGCACGAGAAGAGGCCAAGGUAGAACAAGAGCGGCUGAAGGCAGAAAAGGUGGCCAAUGCUAUCCAAGAGUUAUCUCAACCACAUGAUUCAGAUGAUAGUGAUAGCUCAGGUGGGGAGGAAAAUGGAACAGCUGAGGUACCAUUCCAGGGAAGUGCAUUACUCCCCCAGCAAGCACCUGCACUUCUGCCCCAGCCAGCAAUUGCUACCAUGUCCAGUGAUAUCCUCACACCAGUUCCCAUCAUGCCAGCAAAGACUGUUGAACCUGUUAAACAAGAAACCACAAAGCCUGUCGACUUUGAUCUCGCUCUGUUUGAGAGGGAGGAUGACCCAUUUGAGAAUGUUGAACGUCAGUUGAUAGAUGAAAUGGAAGAACUCAAAACUCUGCUAGGGCCUCAAAAUAAUCCCCCGACAGACGUGUCACCUAGCAACAGUACAAAUAACUGUGAUACCAACAUGUCAAACAACACAUGCAACAGCCCUGCUUUCAAUGGCGCCGUGUCAAAUACAGAUGUACAGAACCCAGCAUCACAGCAGGCUGGCAGUGACAGGGAGAGAGUCAGUCCUGUGCCAGUGUUCGUUCCUCGGAGUCAGCCCUUCGAGGAGGGUGAUUAUGUUGAACUGCGGCUAGACUACAACAGUCAGGGGAAUAACAGUGUCUCCUACAAGGCCAGUGACAACGAAACUGUAGACAGUGUUGACAACAGUGGUCCCAGAGUGGAUCCUGCUGCAAGCAAUAUGAUAUACAGACAAGUGUUACCCCCGAUAGGUACCCAAGUGUCAAAAGUCCGACCAGUGUCGUCCCCCGGGCUAGAUAGUUUAGCAAAGACGUUAAGUGAAAACAGUGUCCCUGAGCCCAGUAUGACAAUCGUAGCAGGGACCACGUCUGAUGUUAGGAAUGGCGUAUUGAACAAGUACAGUCGACAUCGGGAGGGGUCUCCCGUCACACUUGCACAACAGAGCGAGGCAAGUAUGAGACCUGCACGAAGUAACCCUGACUUGUACUCGAAGCAUAGCAACAACUCUACCGUGUAUCCUCUAUCUAAUUCACCACCGUCAAGGCCAUCGUCAGGACAGACCUGGAACCCCUACAAACCCCUGCCCCCAACCCCUGAUGUCAUGUCCACCUCUGUGCAAUCCUCAUCCUCCAGCAGCUCGGAUCUCACCAGUCCCUCCGAGUUCGACCCUUACGCGUCCCUCUCAAGCGAGGCACAGAAGUUUGCUGCCAACAUCAUCUCCAUGGGCUUCUCCCGACCGCAGGUGGCUCGGGCUGUACAUAGCCAGGGAACAGACGAAAAACAGGUGGUGGAGUACUUGUGUCAUGUGAACAAUCUGGUAGAAAAAGGAUUCAACCCAAUCCGUGCUGAGGUGGCACUGAAUCUGUUCAACAACAAUUUCCCAAAGGCUGUGAAGUACCUCGAGAUGUUUGUGCAGUUCCAGGAAUUAGGAUUUGGUGAGGACAAGAUCAGAGAAGCUCUUGUGAAGGAGAAUAUGGAUCGUGACAAAGCUUUAGACUUCCUCACUGCGUGACACGAGCCUCAAGAUAGAGCAGAUACAUCAUUAUGAUCACCUGUAUUGUUAAGUCUGUUACACCAGUCUUUUAGCCAAGUUUGGUACAUGUACAACUACUAGAAAACUCCCUAUGUUAACUGGAGUAGUUGGUAUGUUUUACAAUUUUGUUCUUCUGUUAAAUUUGUUUUAUAAACAGGAAAAAUACUCUGAUGUUACAAUUCACUGUUACCGAACAAAGUAGCAAAAAUGUAUUUUUUCUGACAAGAGUUGACCUGUGUCAUGGCUGGCUUGAUGCACAGAUAUACUGGAACCUUCUCCAGAACAAUAUUGUGAGGCAGGGAUAUGCUCCCCUGUAUUGAACAGCUGUGUGAUAGUUCUACUCCACUGAGAUUUGUUUUCAGCUGGUGAUCUCUUUGCAGACAGUGUAACAGUGUGACCUGGUUGAUUAGUCAGUUGUAAACAGCAUUUCAUUCUAGUCCACUUUAAAGUAAUAUACAGGUUUUAUGUAGUGACCUGCGAUCUGUCAUGGUCGUGGUCUCUUGGGGGGUUACUGGGCAGAUCAAACCCGCAUAAUCUAUUCCUCACAAGGACACCAUGUGUGAAACCUUUUCUAAAUAGCCUUUGUUGUGAAGCUGUCAUUCUGCUCUGUCAUUUGGCCUUUGCGUUGCACACUAGCUCUCAUUAGGUACGAAAUAUAGAUGUUCUGUUUCUGGGCCCGUUUCACAAAGUUCUUGUAGCGCUACGACUAUCAUAAGUCAAUGUUACAGUAUAGAAGGUACGAUUGCUACGAGAAAAGUUAUGAGAUCUUAGGCUUACGGGAGCUUUGUGAAAACGGGGCCCAGGGCCAUACUAUGACCCUAGAUCUGUCACUAAGCCGCGAUAAAACAUUCAUUAGGCUAGGUAUGUAUGAGGGUGAAUAUAGAUGAAGGCAAUGAAUCAGAAUAGAUGAAUUAGAAUGAGCCGAUUGUUCAUAGGGUAGCCAAGUGAUUUACUUUUGUUAUAGGGUAGAAUACUAAACUGUGAUAUUUGUGAGGAAACACAGCAGUGAUGGAAACACACUCAUUUCUUAUAGAAAGUGUAGCAGUACAAACUUCCUACUUGUUUUGCAGUAAAAACUUCCUGAUGUUAACAUAGUUAACGUGUGCAUUGUCAUUGUAAUGUAGGAGUUCUGAAUAAACGCACAGCAUGUGUCCGAGAAAUCACCUCAGCAAGGAGGCGAUGCACUGAUGUUCCUGUAAGUAUAUUGUUUACCAGGGUAUAAACUCUUUAGCACAGAAAAGUGCCUGAUUAUGAUCUAGUUUUGAAGAGUUUAGCAGAUAGGUGAUAUUUUCCUGUGUCAGUAUUGAUGCCAGUUGUCCAUGAUAAAGACAUCAACACAUUUCUGUCAAUACUGGGCCUGAUCUUAUGAAUCCAAAAAACCCAUGCACAUAAUCUUAAGAAUUCCUGACUUGAUUGAGGACAGUGCUGAUAAAAUAAGACUGAAGAGCAUGUAAUAUGUACGGUAAUUAUAAGCAUGUGUUGGUGCACCAGUGCAGUGCAUAGUGUUGUGAGCUUAUAGGGCGGUCCAACAGUAUUGCUUACUGCAGGGCUAGACACGACACCUGUGUUGUCCCUUUGUUGUCUUUUAUCAUUUGCUCAUAGUCAGAUGAGGAUAAAUUGAAGCCAAUUUUGUUUCCGAAAGUGCAAUAUGAAUCAAGAUCUUAUAUAAAUUCUACUGUCUUUCUUUGUUUAUGAUGUAUGUAACACAUUUUUGUACUUUUGUAAAGGAAACCAAUUACCAUUUCAUUAUUGGAAUUAUCAUGUUAGAUUACUUGAUCACAACAUGUAUGUACUGCUUUUAGGGCCAGUCUGAUCUCUUCCUAUAUUACAGAUAGGCUUACUGUUAAUUAGUACAGAUAAGAAAACGGUCAUGGAAUGAAAAUGAUUUCAGUUAAGAUAUGUGUUUUUGGAAGUCCAUGCUUGUUGCAAUGUUUUUAGAUCCUUGAGAAUAUUACUAUUAAUUUAGAGGUUUUAGGUCAUAUAUCUAUACAUACAGAAUGAAAACAUUGGCAAACUGACAUACUGGGUUGGAGCCAUUAAUCCAGGAAUGAACGUCUGGCCAACAGAAUAUAUUAUCUUACUUUCCACAAAUGAUAUUUAUAACUGAGAUUAGCUGAGUUGCCGGUUCAUGGAUGUAUACACAACUGGUCAGAAGCCACUAUAUUCAGUCCCAAAUCUGUCACUAAUACCAGGACAAAAUUUUGCAUAAUCUUAUCGUGUAUGGUGUGGUUAGAGAUAAUACUAGGCUUUGCUGAGGUCACUUGUAAUGAACAGAUUACAGGCCCAAUAAAGAGAAUAAGUCUAUAAUCAUUAGUUUUACAUUAUUGUAUUGAAUAUGAUGUUAAAUACCUAUAUGAAAAGAAAGGAAACUCUCAAAAGAUGCCAAGUUUGAAAAAUAAGUAAAUAUCAGCAGUUCGCCAUGCACAGUCUUGUAGUUUGAAAUCCUAAAUAAAUCCCAGUGUUCAUCAAUGUGACUUUGUACGUUACUUCUCCUAGUUUGUUAAGGGACAACUCUGUGUGGUAGUGAUGUCCAGUCUGAACUAGAAGGCUGUGUUUCAGUUGCCUUUUAUGUCAUAACUUGCCCGGUCAGAUUGUGAUGGCAAAACUCUUCAGGGGAUAUGUCCAAUGUUUAUCAGCACACCUGACUGAGGAUUGUUUUGUCACCUGGCAGGUCCUGUUUCAUCCUACCUUGACAGUUUGUCAGUAGGGUGGUGCUGAAGUAAUGUCAGGUGUACUGAUUCGUCAUACUGUCAACUGGAUAUAUAUUUCUCAAAAGAAGUUAAUGAUCUCUCAAUUCUUUCAUCUCACAUGGUUAAUCUGUCAUGCCAAGUUAACUGUAGUAAUCUGAAAGAAUUGGUAAUGUAGAAGAAUUGGGUAUUCCUUAACUUCUGUUUAGUAGUAUAUGUUACUCAAUACAAGUCACUAUCCUCGGUACCCGUGAAGAUCCGGGUUAGAAUUGAUCUUCAGUAACCCAUGCUUGUCAUCAGAGGCGACUAGAGGGAUCGGGUGGUCAGACUCGCUGACUUGGUUGACACAUGUCAUCAGUUC